AUGUACUAUCCUAGAAUCAUCAAGCGAAAUAUUUCGACGCAAAAUGGCAUCAGUGACAUUUUUGAUAAAUGUUUCAAAUGUCUUAACUAUUAUCUACUUCGUAUGGAUUAUUCUAUCAUUGAUUAUCGAAAACGACAUAUUCGUUGGACAUAUCGAACAUUUAAAUGGGCCGUUUGGAUCACUAUAAUUUCCGUGAUUUUAAACUCCGUCAUGCUUACAAUGAUUAAUCGACCAGAAUCCAUAGCCGGUUUGCCAUUAUCAUUUAUUGAUUUUGAAGAAACUUUUGAUAUUCAGCGAACAGAUCUAAUCAUCAUACAUUUAGUCAUCACUUUUCUAAUGUUAGAUUAUCUAUGGUUUUCAAUGUUCAAGAAUAUUCUUUCUUACAAUUUUCUACUGAAUGAUUUGCUUAUAAAAUAUAAUGAUAAUAAUCUAAUGGAAACACGGUUACAAGAAUAUCUGAUUUUUUUCUUUGGAAUUAUUGAUUAUUGUUCGACAUUAUUUUAUCGUUUAGCAGCAAUAAUAUUAACAUUGGGCUAUGUUUUAUUCAUUAUCCACCUGAACUUGAAUAAUAAAAUGACUUUUUUACAAUGGCUUUUAUUUCUUCAAUUAUGGACCAUGUUUAGAUUUCGUUUGAUUUAUUUGAUGGGACAAUUAUUUGUUGCAAUGAAAUUUGUAUUGUUCGCAGUAGAAUUCUAUAGAAUUCAAUUGAUAAAAAUUCUACAAAUAGCUAAAGCUAUUUUCACUAGAACAAUUGAUUUUCAAUAUACAGCAAAUAGAAGAUUAAUUUGGCGAAACUUUCACUGUGAAUAUCUUACAUUAUAUCAAGAUUCAUGGAAAUUUGAUAAAACAAUGAGAAUAAUUAUGUUCGCCAUCGAAAUGAUUGCUAAAUCAGCAAUCAUCAAUUGCAGUACAUUUUAUAGUAAACAACAAAGAAUGAAUACAACAAAUAAAGGAAUAAUUGUCAUGAUGGGAUCGGCAUACCUGUAUACAAAAAUUAUCUACUCAUACGUUUCAUUGGUUCCAUUUUAUAAUCAAAUUUUUACCCGAUUAAUUAUGAAUUGGAAUGCUCGAAUAUAUUGGUAUCGAUUUUCUCGACAAAAAAAUCAACAACAAUCAUCGAAUCGAGAACAAUUGAAACAACAACGCUUUGAGGCAUGGAUUACUUUAAGAUAUACAAUUAAAUCGAAUUUAUUCAUUCAAACAAUAAAAAACAAUCGUUUUGGUAUAAAUUGUGGACAUAUAUUCUUCAUUAACAGAUUCAAACUUGUAGAAUCAAUUCUGAUGGAUGUUAUGCUUGUUUUAUUGUUUUAUAAAAAAAUUUGCAUGCAUUGA